GCUUCCACCAACCUCUCCCCCCCCAUCCAAUCCUCACCUCCCCGCGAACCUCCCUCUGCUGCCGUUCUUGUCAGGACCGCGACUGUUGCAUGCUCUGAGGAGGACUGUUCAUCCUGUUCCGUUCUGGGGGCUCUCCUGCGCUGGAGUUGUCCGACCCCGUCUCUCUCCCUCAGCCAAGCUCGAAUAAUCUUUCUUGACCCCCUCCUUGUGACGGAGGCUGUCUCUGGGAACCAUGGAGGACUUCAACAGCGAGACGGACAGUGACUACACUAGCUACUGGAGAGAUUGGUUUAUCUCGUCCCGCGGCAACGAGUAUUUUUGCGAGAUUGACGAAGACUACCUGACCGACCGCUUCAACCUCACCGGCCUGAACACCGAGGUCGCUUACUACCAGUAUGCCUUGGACCUCGUGACUGAUGUUUUUGAUCUCGACGCGGAUGACGAUCUACGCGAGCAGAUCGAAAAGUCGGCCCGUCACCUCUACGGCCUGGUCCACGCCAGAUACAUAGUGACUACUCGUGGUCUGGCCAAGAUGGUCGAGAAAUACAAGCGCGGUGAUUUUGGCAAAUGCCCCCGUGUCAUGUGCGACGGACACCCCCUCCUGCCCAUGGGCCAGCACGAUGUUGCCAACCAGAGUAACGUCCGUCUGUUCUGCCCCAAGUGCGAGGACAUCUACAACCCCAAGUCGUCUCGCCAUGCCUCCAUCGACGGCGCUUAUUUCGGCACCUCCUUCCAUAGCAUGCUGUUCCAGGUGUACCCCUCCCUGGUCCCCGAGAAGAGCAUUCGCCGCUACGAGCCCCGUAUCUUCGGAUUCAAGGUGCACGCGAGUGCCGCUCUUGCGCGCUGGCAGGAUCAGUUCCGUGAGGACCAGAAAGCCAACCUUCGCGAGGCGGGUGUGGAGGCCAAAUACGCGGAGGACGUCAGCGAGGACGAAGAACUGGAGGACGACGACGAGCCCGUCACUGAGACUAAGGAGGAGAAAGUCGCAGGCGAUGCCGCUUCGGGCCGUAUGGAUAUCGGCAACUGAAGGCACCCUGUAAUUCUCUGGUUCAUCGGAGUUUCUUUUCAUUUUCUCUCUCCUCUUAUCCACAUCGCGUACGCAUGCAUCCUGCAUUUGCAUUUCGCUCACGUCUGGAUAUUUCGUCGGGUUUUCUUUCUCACCUUUCCGGCUACUGGCUGUUGAAUCCCGGGCGUAUGACGGGUUGUGUUAUUUCCUUUCUCAUGUGCACUGCAAUAAUGAUCACGAACACUGGUGGCGUUGGAAGUUUCGGAGAUGGCGGGUCUGUUCCUUGCUUCUAAUGUGAACUAGUUUCCUACCUGUAUGUAGUCGGGUGCCUUGAGGGCGCCGGACAAUCGACAGCGCUGUUUCUAUGUUGUUUCUGUCCCGGUCCGUCCCCGA